GGUGUGGGUAAGGGGUGUUUCCUAUGGUUGACUGUCGGCCUACUUACCACUCCUUCUCUUAUGACAAACUCUAGUGAUCCCAGAUGGGUAUGUCUUACUCCAUGAGGAUACGCUUGCGUUUCUUACCCUGUAGCAUCCAUAUGGGGCGCCUCAUCUUGAAACUCGGUAAUCAUCCAAACAUAAAUGGCAAUUUUCUCGUUAUCGGAGAUUGGUUCCGCGCUAGGUAUUGAUGGAUUAAUUUGGAUGGAUUAAUUCUCAUUUCACGUAUGUGGUCCUUUGUCUGGCCAAAUUGAAAGAUCAAUAGAGAGAAGGUGUCGCCUACUGUGGUAAUGCACGGAGGAGCAUGAUAUUGGGAAAUUCGAUGCAGCCAAUCUGUUUGGGUCACACUCAGGAGUACAGCGUGCAGCGGGCUGCCCGCGGUAGGAGUAGGAACGUCACCUACAAAAAGUGGUGCCACGAUGCGGACCCCUCUACUACCACCACAUCAUCGUACCCAGCCGUACUGCAGCCGGCGGUGGCGGGGGUGGUUCCGAUGAAGCGGCGGAAGUUUCUCGAUCAUGGACACUUCUACGUCCAGCCUGGGGACGACCUCGGAGACCGAAUCGUGUCUGACCAGGGAGUCGUCGUUGGAGAUAUCCAGGAGCAUCGCUCUGAGCAGGAUACCAACAAGAAGACCUCCUGCGACUCAUCGGAAGAGACUGUCCUUUAACGUAAGCGGGACAGUGUUCGUCACCUCCGCUUUUCUCUUCGAAAACCACCCGGACACCCUCCUCGGGUGUGACGAGAGAGACUACUUCUUCGACCCGCACCGGGAAGAGUACGUUUUCGACCGAGACCCGAAAGUCUUCAGAUACAUAUUGAUGUACUACAGGACGGGAAGUUUGCAUUUUCCCCAACACGAGACCGCACAAGCUUUCGAAGAUGAGCUCAGCUUCUUCGGAAUACGGCCUGACCUCAUCGCGCCGUGCUGCCGGGAACUUUACACGGACAACAAAGAGGCGGAGGAGAAGUACCGACAAGACAUUCAAAGACCGAAAGAGGUCCCAAGAUCAGGUCCUCGUGCAAAGCUGUGGCAGAUUCUAGAGGAUCCGUACGAUUGUGUGGCGGCUACUGUGAUAUUCUCUGUAACGGGUCUUUUUAUAGUGCUGUCCAUCCUCGCUAACGCAGUGGAGACGAUAUGGUGUCGAGACUACGACCUGGUGUCGUUCGUACGGUGCGGGGAGCGUUACAAAGUCACCUUCUCUGUCAUAGAAGUGGCCAGUGUGGGUGUGUUUACUACAGAAUACAUACUGCGUCUUAUAGCAACCCCGGAUAGACGCGAGUUUAUCAAAAGCCCACUGAGCAUCGUUGACCUGGUGUCUAUCCUACCUUUCUACAUCGCGCUAUGCAUCCCGGAGAAUAAGGAGUUGAACGGAUUCUUUGUGACCCUCCGGAUUUUUCGCGUGUUCCGAGUGUUCAAGUUGUCCCGUUCGUCCGCCAAUAUGCGCCUUCUGGGCAACACGCUCACGGCCUGUCUACAGGACCUCAGUUUCCUCCUCUUCGCUCUGGCCGUCAUGGUGACCAUCUUUGCCACAGUGAUGUACUACUGCGACAAGGGACACCCGGAUACCAUGUUCCACAGCAUCCCGCACGGGAUAUGGUUCAUCGUGGUGACCAUGACCACGGUAGGGUACGGGGACACAGUGCCAGAGACGCUUGCCGGUAAACUAGUAACGACAGUCUGCUGUCUGAGCAGUAUUGUACUCCUCACACUCCCAGUCACAAUCAUUGUCUCCAACUUUAGCGCCAUCUACGCACAGGAAGUGGAGGCGCUCAAACGCAAGAACUUCGAACCGGUGAUCUCAGAAAAGACUGAGAUCAAGGGAUUCGAAAGACAACAUCAGCACCUACUGGAGUGUCUACAGAGCACCACGGAUAGGAGGUUUAAGAGGUUAAAGUCGACAGAAACUUUAGGGGACUACCAGAACAGGAUUGGGUCCACUUCGACAGACGACGGCAGCUCAGACUGGCAGGACUUUACAAGUCAAGACACCUACGUCUUUUUACCACAGUAAGCCAUAGUAGUUCUCAUGACAAUUCGCUCAUUUUUUCUUUUGGAUUACGUCACUAUAAGACAUCCAACGCCGGGUUAUAAGAAGCAAAGAAAAGCACCAAUGUCAUUUUAUGGUUAGCUCUGCCUUCUUAUCUAAAUCUUCAACAUCUGGAUUCCUAAUGUAUUGACUUAUUUAUUAUCAUUUGACCCAAUUGAAUUAUUUCCUAACCGAUGUUACACAGUGCACAUAUCUAUAGAUAGCGGUAUCAACGUACUUUGACAUGGAUUUUUUGUUCGUUUACGUUGUCUACAAAAUAAUAUUGAUAUUCAAUAUCUCACUGUAUUUUCCUGCAUCCAAACCUUUUUUGUGACAUUGUCCACUACGUACUGCAUGACAUUAGAUCAAACCGGACAACAGUAUAGCAAUAAGAAAGAUUGCAAUGCGUUCGAAACGAGAGAUUCAUUACUAAAGAAUGAGGAUUCAAGCGGCGUAGUGUAGAACUAGAACGUGCAUGUAUGAAAGCUAUUGUUUCAACCGUUAAUCUUGAAUACUACUGGUAUACAAAACAAUUCUUUAGGUUACCAUUAAGACAGUUGUGGCGAAUCUUGCAGUGGUCAUUCUGCUCAUAGUAUUUUGUAUUAUAGGCCACAGCGAGUAAAUCUUAUGGAUGACAUCCUCUACAGACUCCAAAUUUAAUGCGAGAGGGCGAAAAAACAAGAUGGCUAGAUUUUCAAAAUAGACACCAUAUGCGUUGUAACAAGAAUCGAUGCAACAAAACAUGGUAUCACAUGUACAGCCAACAAGUCUUUUAUUUCUGUAUUCAAGAGGAGCACAAAGUGACACUAGUGUGGUAUACUGGUAUUACCUACCAAGUAGCUAGCUACAGCCAUGGCUACCACAUUGUUGCCACUUUUACUAUUAAACUGGUUCACUUCUACAACUACGGUAAUUGCCAUGGCUACAUGUUCCUUCAGUGCUAGUUUCACUUCUAUAACUACAAUCAAAGCUACCACAAUAUUUUUUUUUCAUUUUGGUACUAUUUUGUCAUGUUAACCAUUACCGUAGGGGAAACAUUUUUUUUUAAUCAAAAUCAGGCAAAUAUUAAUGAACUCGUUGGUGUCAUCCAUAAAUUUUACUUGCUGUGGCCUUAUGGCGGCAUCUCACUACACCUGCGGCACCGGUGCGGCAGUGCGGGGUUCGUUCACUGAGGCGUUGUAGUGUUAUUUUCGCCGAUUUUUAUCACGUAUAUAUUGCGUAUCACGUAAAAGUAUGACUCAGAAGGCAACAAUAAACACAAAACGUAAGGAAAUCCGUUAUUUCUCUCUGAAAUUCGUUGGGUAAUCUUUCGAACCUUGCAAUGCCGCACCGGUGCUUCAAGCGCAGUGAGAUACCAUGACUAUAAGCAGAAGGACCUCUUCGAGAAUCGCCACUGCUAUCGUUAAGGUUGCCCAAAUCAGUCAGUAUAUGGUAGUUUUAGUUGGUAAAAUAUCCUCCACUCUUUUAAUACUCCAACCUCGGUAAACCUCAGACUACACUGUACAUAUGAAAAUUAUAGUAUAUCGCAGGGAAUCGCAAUAAAACUAUCU